AUGGCCCAGCGCCGCCUCACCGACUUCUUCAGCCGCACGAAGGCGGUUACCGGAGCCCCGGUUAAGCGCGGCGGCGGCCGCCGGCUCAAGGCCGCCCUUGCCGGUCCCCCGGUACACCGGGAGGUGGAGGAGGAGGAGGAGGAUGGUGCCCCGGUGGGGCUCAGCGCCCACCCGCCGCCGCUGCCCGGCUCGCCGCGUACCCCGGCCCGCGGCGGCGGCGGUUCCCCGGUGGUGCGGGGGCUGGCGGGUAGGAAACGGAGCCGGCGGGAGAUGGAAACGGAACCAUCGGUCGGGGCCCGGCCCGGGGAGCCGAGCGGGAAGUCGGCGCGGAAGAGGCUGGAGCUGCACCGGGAUGCGGAACCGGGACCGCCGGCCGCGGCCACCAGCCCCUCGCCUCCGGCCACUGCUCAUCCCCUGAUGCCACCCUCGCUGGACCUGGCAGCGGACCCCCCGGCCAGCACCACCCACUCCCCCGGCCGGGGACAGGAUGGGGGGACACAGCCCGACACAGCCCCCCCAGGGACAACCCGGCGCCUGCAGCAGGAGGACCUGGCCGGGCUGCGGUGCCGCCUGCGGAGGGUGAAGACGCUGGCCCAGCUAGCCCAGCUGCCACCCAUCCCCGCCGGGGCCAGCGCCGACCUGCAGAGCCAUCUGGAGCGAGUGCGGCAACUGGAGCUGCGGAUCCGUGAGAAGAAAGCGGGAAGCGGAGCCACGCCAGGAGUGCAGCCAUCCAGGGACACUGGGGUGGCAGCUCUGGCGGCAGAGGCCGGGUGAGGAAAGGCCCCCGCGUACCAGCGGUUCCACACCCUCGCGCAGGACCAGCCCCCGGGGCUCACGCUGCCCUACAAGUUCAAGGUGCUGGCGGAGAUGUUCCGCAGCGUGGACACCAUCGCCGGGAUGCUCUUCAACCGUGCUGAGACCAUCACCUUUGCGAAGGUCAAGCAGGGGGUGCAGGACAUGAUGCGCAAGCAGUUUGAGGAGCGGCACGUGGGGCAGAUCAAAGCGGUAUACCCCACCUCGUACAGGCUGCGCCAGGAGAAGAACAUCCCUACCUUUGGCAACAGCGUCAAGAAGUCUGACUACCAGCUCACGCUGGAGCCGGUGCUGGGGGAAGAGGAGAAGGUGGAUGGCCGCCCGCACUUGUCGGCGUCGCGCUUGCUGGAGCGCAGGAAGGAGUUCAACCGCAACCUGGUGAACAUUGUCAAGCAGCACCACAAGGCAUUCCUGGCUGCCCUCACCCCUCCCAUGGUGGUGCCGGAGGAGAAACUGACCCGCUGGCAUCCCCGCUUCAAAGUGGACGAGGUGCCGGACAUCAGCCCGGCGGAGCUGCCGCGGCCACCCCAGGAGGACAGGCUUACCACGGCUCAGGAGGUGCUGAGCACGGCGCGGGGGAUGCUGACCCCCAAGAUGGAAAAAGCUCUUGCCAACCUGGCCUUGAGAACCGCUGAAGCCGGUGCGGGGGAACUGGUGGUUUCCAAAGCACCGUCCCCUGCCAGCACCUCCAGCGCUCUGAAAGGGGUGUCCCAGGCUCUGCUCGAGAGGAUCCGGGCGAAGGAGGCACAGAAGCUACAGGCGCUGAUGACACGGGACCCGCAGCAGGAGGAGCGGCUCGCCAUGCUGGGGCGGCUGCCGGCCAUGGCCCGCAUCUUGCGCAACGUCUUCGUGGCCGAGAAGAAGCAGGCGCUGACCAUGGAGGUGGCUUGUGCCCGCAUGGCUGACAGCUACGAUGCACAGAUGCCUCCUGGUGAGAUGGAGAAACACUUGCGCCUCUUCGCAGAGCUGCUGCCCGACUGGGUGGGGAUCCACGCCAUUAGGACGGAUACCUAUAUCAAACUGGACAAAGGGAAGGACCUCGGCCUCGUCACGGAGAGGCUCACCAAGGCGGCAAAGGAGGCAGAAGCCCUCUGA